UUUGAGGGCACCAAAGCCCUCUCCCUCGUCCUCGCCGCCGCAGCCUGCACGGAGCUCGAAGCAGGAGUGGAGAGGGCGAAACAGUCCGGCGAUGGAGUACGUCAACCCUCUCACCGGCUUCCGCGUCGACGGCCGCCGCCCCAACGAGAUGCGGCAGCUCAAGGGCGAGGUCGGCGUCGUCUCCAGGGCCGACGGCUCGGCGCUCUUCGAGAUGGGCAACACCAGGGUCAUCGCCGCCGUCUACGGACCUCGAGAGGAAACUGGUAGGGUCAAUGGUGGCAGUAGAACAUUUUUAGAAGCCCGCAUAGCAGGUUCAGUGCAAGGCAUCCACGCCCAAGUUCAGAAAGCAAUAAAAGCAAUGGAGGCAAGCAUAUUAACACAUUUAAUGCCACACUCACAGAUUGACAUAUUUGUCCAAGUUCUUCAAGCUGAUGGUGGAACCAGGUCCGCAUGCAUCAAUGCUGCAACACUAGCACUUGCAGAUGCUGGGAUUCCAAUGCGAGACAUAGUCACUUCUUGCAGUGCUGGGUAUCUGUGUUCUACUCCUUUGCUUGAUCUGAAUUAUAUAGAAGACAGCGCUGGAGGCGCGGAUGUAACCGUUGGCAUUCUUGCAAAGAUGGACAAAGUGACUCUUCUGCAGAUGGACGCGAAACUACCAAUGGACACAUUUGAGACUGUGAUGGACCUUGCAACUGAAGGGUGCAAAGCGAUCGCGACCUACAUCCGAGAGGUGCUAUUGGAGAACACGAAGCAGCUGGAGUGUCAGCGAGGCUAGUUAAACCUAGCAGGCGGAUGCCAUUAAACGAGAGCCUGUAGCACUUGAAGGCGGGUCUGUUGUGUAACGCUGAUUGAUGGCUUAUCUGCCUAGCAGAGCUAGCAUUGAGAGAAAAAAAUGGCACUGAACCUGUCAAAGAUAGCCGGACCAUCAUUUUCCCUCCUAACGUAAAUGCUGUAGCGCACAGGAGAUGACAUCUUGAUUAUGUGAAACUUUGAUGUUGAACUUGGUAUCCAUGUUGUACUUUUGAAAA